AUGGCAAAGACGGUAGGAGAAGUAAAGAAAAAUAAGGUAAGAGCUGCUGAAAAGCCUGCAAAGAAGCCAGAUAAAGCUGAUACACCAGAACCUGCAAGUGACAGCACCAAGAAGAAGCCAUCUCCAAAGAAUGAAGAACCAAAGAAUCAGAAGGAUGUAGCCAGAUCGUCCAAGGAUGGAGCUGGAGAGAAGAAGAAUGAGAAGACUUCAACAAAAGGCCCCAAAGAGGCAGCUGCUUCCAAGAAGGACACCCAGAAAUCCCAGAACAAGCAAGAUGAGAAGCCCAAGAUGAAGAAAAAUGACGAAGCCAGCAAUAACACAAAAGACAAACCAGAGAAGGAGAAGACGAAGAAGGAUGAGGACAACAAGAAAGGGAAGAAUGUUCCCAAAGACACCGCAGCUGAGAAGACCGACACUUCAAAGGAAGCACCGAAGAGAGAUGCAGAGAAGAAGAAGAAGGAUGUAGCCAAGUCGUCCAAGGACGGAGCUGAAGAUGAGAACACGGAGAAGAAGUCAAAGGACACCACCAAAGUGAAGGAUAAUUCCAAGAAGGGCACACAGAAGAAGCAAGAUGAGGAGCCAAAGACUCAGAAGACUGACACUUCAAAGGAAGCACCGAAGAGAGAUGCAGAGAAGAAGAAGAAGGAUGUAGCCAAGUCGUCCAAGGACGGAGCUGAAGAUGAGAACACGGAGAAGAAGUCAAAGGACACCACCAAAGUGAAGGAUGAUUCAAAGAAAGGCACACAGAAGAAGCAAGACGAGGAGCCAAAGACGCAGAAGACUGACACUUCAAAGGAAGCACCGAAGAGAGAUGCAGAGAAGAAGAAGAAGGAUGUAGCCAAGUCGUCCAAGGACGGAGCUGAAGAUGAGAACACGGAGAAGAAGUCAAAGGACACCACCAAAGUGAAGGAUGAUUCCAAGAAGGGCACACAGAAGAAUCAAGAUGAGGAGCCAAAGAAGAAGACAACUGAUGAAGCCAACAAUGGCACAAAAGACAAACCAGAGAAGGAGAAGACGAAGAAGGAUGAGGACAACAAGAAAGGGAAGGAGGUUCCCAAAGACACCGCAGCUGAGAAGACCGACACUUCAAAGGAAGCACCGAAGAGAGAUGCAGAGAAGAAGAAGAAGGAUGUAGCCAAGUCGUCCAAGGACGGAGCUGAAGAUGAGAACACGGAGAAGAAGUCAAAGGACACCACCAAAGUGAAGAAUGAUUCCAAGAAGGACACACAGAAGAAGCAAGAUGAGGAGCCAAAGACUCAGAAGACUGACACUUCAAAGGAAGCACCGAAGAGAGAUGCAGAGAAGAAGAAGAAGGAUGUAGCCAAGUCGUCCAAGGACGGAGCUGAAGAUGAGAACACGGAGAAGAAGUCAAAGGACACCACCAAAGUGAAGGAUGAUUCCAAGAAGGACACACAGAAGAAGCAAGAUGAGGAGCCAAAGACUCAGAAGACUGACACUUCAAAGGAAGCACCGAAGAGAGAUGCAGAGAAGAAGAAGAAGGAUGUAGCCAAGUCGUCCAAGGACGGAGCUGAAGAUGAGAACACGGAGAAGAAGUCAAAGGACACCACCAAAGUGAAGGAUGAUUCCAAGAAGGACACACAGAAGAAGCAAGAUGAGGAGCCAAAGACUCAGAAGACUGACACUUCAAAGGAAGCACCGAAGAGAGAUGCAGAGAAGAAGAAGAAGGAUGUAGCCAAGUCGUCCAAGGACGGAGCUGAAGAUGAGAACACGGAGAAGAAGUCAAAGGACACCACCAAAGUGAAGGAUGAUUCAAAGAAAGGCACACAGAAGAAGCAAGACGAGGAGCCAAAGAAGAAGAAAGCCGAUGAAGCCAAAGACGGCACAGAAAACAAGCCAGAGAGUAAAGCAAAUAAAGACAAGGAUAGUUCCAAGAGGGAAGCACAGGGUGAGCCUGGGACAAGCCAUGUCACACCACCCAAAACUACCGCGAUCAAAGCUGAUGCCAACAGCCAUGCUCUCACUCUUCUAGAGUCCAAAGACCCCUCAAACCGGAAGAGCCUCAGCAGCAAUUCCACCACAGCUUCGUCUGAUCCUGAGAGCAAGCGGCCAAAGGUGUCUACCCAGAGUCAUGACAAGCGGGACCCAGAAGGCCCCACUGGGUCCACCCCUGAAAAGAAAAGGCUGAAAUUUGAAAGCGAAAACGAGGAGUUCAUGCCAGCCCGAAUGGAGAGCAUGAGGACACUUCCAAGUUUUGACCUACUUGCUUCGCCAGCCUCUGUGGACACUUCAACCACUGAGGAGCAAAAGGAGAGCAUCAGUGCAAUGGCAUCCCCGUCAUGCAUGGAUAGUGCAGAGCGUAAGCGGCAGUAUGCUGCCAUGGGUCGUGCAAUAACUAAGACCUGUAACCCAAGCCUUUUGGCAAAGUAUCAGCUAUGUUCUGACACCGAAAGGUGGACAAUGCUGAAGCAAUGGCUGGUGAACGAUGGCAAGACCGACUCCAUCACCGUUGAGGAGAAGUAUGUGAAGUGGACGGAGGAGCUCCGUAGUGACAACUAUGCUACAGUCACACUGCUACAGCUGGAACAGACCUAUGGGACUUCGCCAGAGGCCAAGGAGUUCAUACAAGAACUUACAAAGGGGCAGACAGGCACAGCGCAUCCCCAGGCGCUGGGAUGUGCCAAGGCAAGAAUGUACAAAGUCCUUCGCGAGGUCAGUGAGGAAGUGAAACAGGGACAGCUGAAGAAACUGAACAAUGAGCUGCCCAAGGUCAUUGACGAGAUUAAUGAGUUUAAUGUCAGAAAUUCCGGUGAGCUGGUACCUAGUCCCACCAUUCACCAAUCAUUUCUUUCUUUUGUAGCUGGCACCACCCAUGUAUAUACUUCUGCAGUGCAACCUAAGGUAAAAGCCCUGAUCAAGCACAUUGAUGAAGUUCAUGCUUUUCUGGAAAUCACGAUCCCCAAGACUACCACGCUCCUGUCAGAGAUCAAUGCUGAUGAGUUCCAUGAAACUAGGUUGAUCUAG